AUGGCAAUCUGCCCAGAGAGCAUCGAGGAAUUCUUGCAUCUCGUCCCGAAUCUGCUCGAAGAUGAAGGGUGGCAGAUUUGCCAUGAAUGUCCCGCUGGCAAGCUCUUGAAACAAAGUUGUCCAUGGGGUGGGCAUCUGGUGAAGUUGUCCUGCCAGAAUAUCCCGGUGAGCAACCUUGGAGAAAGGUCUCCGCUCUUCGUGCGCCCCGAGGCUCGGAACCGGAUGCUACCCGAGCUGAACGAGGAGCGCUAUGAGGUCGUGAAGCAACUUGGAGCUGGCGAGGCUUUGAUCAUGCGAAAUGGGGACGUGUACACACGUUUCUUCAAGCUCUGCAACGUGUUCUUCUCUUUGAAGCACAAGGACGAUGCUAGCCUGGCUUUCUUGUUCCCUACGGGAAACGAAAUUGUGCACAACGUUGUUCGGCACAACUAUGUGGAGAUCGGCGACAGUGUCCUAUUUGGACGAAACCAUACCCGCACCUAUACUGGCUUCGCUCAUGCCCGGAGGCAAAAGGAGCCAGGCCUUGUGUCGAUCUCCCUGACGCUGACAGCGCGAACUGUGGCCAAUUGGGUUUCGGUGCCUUUCCAAAGCGUGAUCACCUCGGCCAGGGCUUUGAUGGACUGGUAUGUAAAUCGCCCUGGCAUGGAGGAGAUGAGGCGAUUGGAUGAGCAGUUCUAUGUGGUCCUUACCAUACACAGCUGGCCAAGGGGGCGGCCGUUUCUGCCAGUUUUAGACACCGCCGAGGACAUCGAGGACGUGACGACCAUCGAUGCAGGCCGAAGACAAGGGCUGGCCUCUUGGGGCCGCUACCAUCCACGCAUGGUUGGAAGCAGCAGCUUCGCUCUCUCGGAGUAUCUGAUGCUCUUCUUGCAAAAACUUGGUGAGCACGUCGACAUGUACCAGUCCCUGGAGGGGAAGGAGUUGCAGCACUACCAGUGCGUAGUUCCGCAGCAUGAAUGGCAGCGGGUGAAGGAUCGCUUCUACACUGCUUACAAUUUGCAGAAGUCGGCGUAUCGCCGCGCGAACGGGGGUCAAGCGGCACCAGGCAUGAGUGAGCACGCGGAGCCCCGCUUUCGCACAGACCGGGGCCUCCGUCUGCCGCAGCUGUACAGGCCGGUGCUGACCCCUAGAGCUCCAGCCCUGGUGGUCCACAACACAUUCUUGGAGUUGGAAGAGCCGGAGGACUUGGGAACUGGUGACUUCGAGAGGACUCGGUCGAGGUCGGCCUCACCGCGCUCCUUUCACAACAAGCUGGUCCUGGCGAUCUAG